CWAGUGGCAGCAGUUGGAGCUGUGAGCCUGUGAACCACCACAAUGCAUCUGAUGUUCCCUUAGACUGGAUUGCAGCACUUAUUUUUUAACUUGUAGUUUAGUCCUAGGGUUUUAGUUAUCUGCAGAAGAGGAACCAUGAUCCGACACUUUGCUGCUGCUUUUUGUUUGGCUUUAGUUUUUCUUUCUCAUCUAAGUACUCCGUGUCCRUCUCAGUGCAGCUGCUUCUUUCAUAAACUAAGUGAUGGAUCUAAGGCAAGGAGUGUGCUUUGUAAUGAUCCAGAAAUUACUGCGGUACCUCCAAAUUUCCCCACUGACACAUCAAAGCUGCGCAUUGAGAAGACAGCGAUUACACGGAUUKCAAGCAACAACUUCCACUACCUCAACAGUCUGGAGUUUUUAUGGAUGUCUUUCAAUUCCCUCAACUCACUGAAUGCCGACAGCUUCCGGGGUCUCUCCAACCUGGAUGAGCUCAGGCUGGAUGGGAACUCCCUCACCUCCUUCCCCUGGGAAGCUCUGCUUGACAUGCCUGUCCUGAGGCUCCUUGACCUGCACAACAACAAGAUCUCCACCAUCCCAGCCUCUGCCACCAUGUACAUCAAGAACAUCACCUAUUUGGAUUUAUCCAGCAACAGCCUCACAACAGUCCCUGCUGAAGUUCUCACGAUGUGGCUGAGUGUGAAGCCUUCCCAAGACUCGGAUUCCUCCAAGCUAAUUCUGGGUCUUCAUGACAACCCAUGGCUGUGUGACUGCCGACUCUAUGAUCUGGUCCAGUUUCAGAAGUCUCCCUCGUCGUCUGUGGCUCUCAUCGACACCAGGUUGAGGUGUGCCGAUCCGGAGAGCCUAUCAGGAGUUUCCUUCACCGAGGCAGAGCUGCAGAAAUGCCAGGUGCCGCGGGUGCACACGGCUGUGGCUCGUGUUCGGAGCUCAUUGGGCAACAACGUUUUGCUACGCUGUGGCACCAUUGGAGUGCCCAUUCCGGAGCUGUCCUGGAGUCGCGCUGAUGGCAAGAAAAUGAACGGCACAGUUCAAGACGAGAUUUCUAAGGAAGGCAUCAUCUGGUCCAUUUUGAGUGUGCCUGCAGUGUCCUACAGAGAUUCUGGGAAAUAUGUGUGCAAGGCAACCAACUUUGUGGGCACUGCAGAUGCCAUCAUCUCCUUGGUGAUCACUGAUUCCAUUCGGUCAGAGGAAGCAGUUGGUGGUGCUUCUAAAAGAGGCAGAGGGAAGAAGCCCGGUGGCAUUGGAAGAGCAGCAUACCAGGAAAAACUCAUCGCUAGAUAUGUUCCACCACCAACAAGCACGAUGGCCCAGCCCAUUAUCGAGCCUCUUAAUGGCAAAAGUGUGACCGGGAAGUAUGAGAUUGAGAGCUACAGUGUCUCUGAUGGUGCUUCUAAGGGACAAUACAAAGGACCAAGCCCCCGGAAGUCAGUGGAGGUGGGUCAAAAUGCUUUGGGAAACCUAGCUGCCAAUGCUUCAUCCUUACAGCAAGUUCCAGAGAAGCGGGUGGUGCGUUCAGUGAAGGUCAUUGGGGACACUGACAACACGGUCUCUUUAAACUGGCGCGCCCCUACAGCCACAAACACCACAGAAUUCAGCGUCUUAUACGCUGUGUUUGGUGAGAGAGACAUGCGCCGCAUUAACGUCGGCGCCGGAAAGAACCGAAUCACCAUCGAAGGCCUUGUGCCAAAGACAAAGUACAUUGCCUGUAUUUGCGUCAAAGGCUUGAUUCCAAAAAAGGAACAGUGUGUAAUCUUCUCAACCGAUGAGGCCGCCAGUGCCAGCGGCACUCAGAAGCUCAUUAAUGUGGUGGUGAUCACCGUGGCGUGCGUGAUCGCUGUCCCCCUGACACUGAUCGUGUGCUGCGGGGCGCUCAAGAAACRCUGCCAAAAGAUGUUGGGGCGGCAAACAAAAGAAAUGCAGGACUCCUACGUAACGUUUGAAACUCUUGGUCCUGGAGGCAAAGCUAAAGGAAUGGAGGGYGAGUAUCUGACCAGGCUCAAUCCUGAUGAAUCGAACAGGCUGCUGUCGGCGAGGUCCAGCGUUGACUCAGAGGCCAUAGCGAGGACUGAAGGGCCGCCCAACGAGUACUUCUGCUGAAACAGUUCAAGUGCCGAAGCGCUCAGAGACUCACGAACAACAACACACAAAAACAUUUUAGAUGUCUUCAGAGAACACUGAUGCCUCUGUCACCAGUGUGAGAUUAUUUUUCAGCCUUGAGAAGAAAAACAAAAUCAGCCUUUUGUUUUUUUGUUGAGACAAGAUUUAAAGGAAGAAAAACACAAUGGCAUGGUUUUAAUGUUGGUAUAUAAACUAAAAAAA